CUGAUUGGUUGACCUCAAUGUAAACGUCAGUUUGAUCAGCUGGCAGCGGUAAAUACGGAAACAGAAUGUGCCCUCCUAACUUUUAAGCCUUAAGAUGAAGCACCGCAGCAAUAAAGUGAACUUCUUGUCAUUUUCAUCUCGGCGUAAGAGAAGAGGCAAUCGGAGGAAAGUUAGGGAACUGUCCAAAAGUCUGUCAGACUCAACAAAUUCAGGACUCGUUGAGGAGAGUGGUGCUUCAUGUACUAUGGAGAUUGAUGUCUCUCAAAUGUUACUUGAUGAUGAUGGUGAUGGGGAUCAUGUCCAGGAGUUAGAUCAUUCAUCAUCAUCUGCUGGCAGUAUGAUUCCAUUCAUAGAUGCAAGCUCUUGGCUAGGAGCGGCUGGAGAACUGAGUCUAACCAAGCUGCCAUCUGCUCUGUAUCAUGUGUGUAAUUGGUGGAAAACCAAAGUGAACGAGAGCUUUGAGCUGGCGAAGGAUGUAGUGUUUCCAUCUCGUGUUUACCGGAGAGAGCUUUAUGCCACUCAGGAGCAGAUUAAUCUCCUACAAGAACAGCUUCAGAGAGUCAAGCAAGAGAUGGAAUCUAAGAACUCUACUACAAACAUUCCUGCAGUCACAAGUUGCUCCCAUUGUUGCUGUCCACUACACAGCUCUACCACCACCACACAUACUGCACUGGGUACAGUACAUCAACUUUUAUCAUUAUCACCAGGAUCCUCAGCUCCACCUACUCUACCACCACCAGCAGCAGCAGCAGCAGCACCACCACCACCACCACCACCAGCUCUUAUGCCUCCCCCUCCUCCUCCCCCGCCGCCCCCUCCUCCUCCAGCAGUUGCACCACCCAAAGACUGGAGACUAAAUCUACCAAAGAGGAAAAAAGGCUCCACCAGUGGCAAAAAGGAAUCCAAUACGAAUCCUGGGAUUUCUUUGGCUGACAUCAAAGGAGUGAAACUAAAGAAAGUGGACAGGACAAAUAAGAAGUCUGGCUCCUCUACAGCAGGUGGUGGUGGUCCUCUUGUAACAUUGUUAGAUCUUCAAGCUGUACAACUCAAGAAAUCCUUCAAGUAUCCAACUCAAUCCACUCAAAUCACAUCUCCCAUGAAUCUUAGGACAAGGCUAUCAUUAGAGGCAAUAGAGUUUAGGACCUCUCUGAAGAGGGUUGGCUUUCCCAGGAGUCCAGGAGGUACCCCGUUACGCACCAAGCCUGCUGAAAGUGGAGUGGGUCUUACUCCUAUCAUGACUAGGGCCCUCAAGAGGAAAUUUAGGAGUGUGACAACUCCUCAUCGAUCACCUUGUAGUAGCGAUACAUCACCUGCCACGCCACCGGGGUUUAGAAUCUGAGGUCAAAGGUCACCCAUCCACCAUUCAGAAGAGAACACUUUACAACUCUACACAACCAAAUAUUUCUCAUGUGACUAUUGAGCUUGUUUCUACAUGCUGAGUUCAUAGCAAAAAUGAAUAAGGAGACAUCAAAUAACCCAAGGGAGAUUUGGGUAUUUGAAGAAAAAAAUUCUUCACAGUCAGUGGAAAAUGUCCUGUUUUGGUAAGCUUUCACUCGCUGUGCUGCAGGAUUCUUCUGACCUCUGUCAUAGCUGGCACUGAUGAAUUAUAGUGAUGGUGAUGAUGUUGAUUAGGAUGUGGGUGAUGAUAAUGACAGUACUAAGAUUUAUAAAGGUGAUAGUGAUAGUGAUGAUGAUGAUGAUGAUGGUGAUAGUGAUGAUGACGAUGAUGAUGCUGAUGUUGAUGUUGUUGAUGAUGGUGAUGAUAAUGACAGUAAUGAUAGUUUUGAUGGUGAUGGCGAUGACGAUGAUGAUGUUAUUGAUGAUGGUAAUGAUAAUGACAGUUAUGAUUGUGAUGGUGAUGGUGAUCACUGAAGAGGUUCAUCUGAUUGGUAAUUUAACUUAAUUAAUUUUUUCUUCAUAAUCAGUAGAAAUUGUCCUGCUUUGGUAAACUUUCACUCGCUGUGCUGCAAGCUUCUUCAGACCUCUGUCUGAGGGAGCAUUGUCAAAAGACAUUGGCCUUUACUCAACAAGAUGUUUUACUGUUCACUUAGAAUGUAUUUAAACUGCAAUAUCUCUUUGUAGAAGUAAUACAUGAAGCUUAUAUUUUGAAUACAUUAAUGUGCCAAAGAAAGCCAUACAUCAAGAGAGAAAGAUGUUUUGAUGAAUCAUACACUUUAAGGUAAUCUUGAGUUAUGGUACUGAGGGAAAAUAAAGAUAAAUUCUUCUAGAAUCAUACGACUCCUUUACUAAAUGUUCAAAUGAAUGAUAGGGAUAAAUUGCCAAAUAAUUUUGUUAUGAAGAGGCUUUAUGUUGACAAGUUGUCUUAGUGUCAGCCUGUGUGUAAAAUCAUUUGAUCCUGCUUUAUUUGUAUUAAUUCAUCACACAAACCAAUACAGGUGGACUCAUGACUUAAUUAUAGUAUAUGACAAGUUCAAAGGUCAAAGGUCAAAUCAAAUGUUAAUCGUAGUCUCUUAUUCUAAUAUCUAUACAAGGUUGAGUUGUCAUCAAACAACAUAUGCCUGUACUAUAAGUGCAUUUAGUCAGUGAACCGUCAGUUUUCUCAUGUUAAUUCAACAUGGCGCCAGAUAGUGUUUUAGUUCACUUUGCGCUGUAAUGACACAUACAUGUACAUGUAAAUCUUGUAUUAUCGAUUGCUGUAUAUUUUUUAAAUGCAUGUACACAAACAUUUGCAAAUGGUCAUUGGUAUUUAGUGAUUAUAGGCUAAGUUAUAUUGGACAUACAGUUGCAUUGUUCCAAUUAUAUUUUUGAUAUUCCAUAUUUCUAUUGAAGAUUUUUUACAUUGCUUUUUUCCUCUUUUCUAUUGCUGAUGUAUUUUGGAUGGUCAUGUAAAUAUUUUAUUUUCAAACAUAGUAUGUCAAUUUACUCAUGAAAACUCAUAGAUAUGUUUAUUUUUGGGGUAAUAUCUUGCUACAUGUAUUAUGCUUAUAGUGAUUGAGUCAUGGAUAGUGAAAGUGGGUUCAUGGAUGAUCACUUUAUCAAGCUAUACUUGAUAAAGAGUUAUUCACUUUGCCUUUUAAUGUAGGUGGAGUAUUUGGCUCCAGGAAUUUCCUGUUUUUUCCAGGAAUCUUACAAAUUUCUUGUGAGUAGAGGAUACAUUUUAACUACAUGGAAUUCAUUUAUGUAUUUUACUAUGACAGGCAAGAAUUCACAUAGUAUAAACUUUUUUUGACAGAGACAUUAUAUUCGAUGAGCGGAGGAUAAGAUUGUAUUUAUAUUGAAUGCAUUUAUGGAUGUGUUUUCUUUUUCAGCAAGUUUGAUAACGUAUUAGCGAGCAGAUGUAAUGUAUAUUAAUACAUCCUUGCAUCUGAUUCAUAUGUUGUAAGUUUCAGAGGCAAGCCCUUUGGCCAUGCAGGGCACUGAUGCCAAAUUUGUUUGAAAGUAAAAGAGCAUGGCUAAUGUAGUGACUUCAAGGUAAAGUGUUACAAUACAUAUUAAUAAUAACAGUAAAAAACAUGUACUACUAAAUUCAUGAAGCACAUGAUAUGUACUAGCUUCUCGAUGUGCUUCUUGUGUAUAAAUAAAGUCUUUCA